GAAAAUAAUUUCAAAAAUUUAUUUAUCAAAAAAUCUACUUCAUUAUAUAUAUUUAAUUAUCCAACACUAGAAAUGGCUCAGCCUAUAAGAACUAUGCGUUAUUAUCUCAUGGAUGAGAUUGUUAUACAUAAUAAAAAAUUGGAUUGUUGGAUUGUUAUACACAAGAAUGUUUUCAAUCUGUCGCCCAUGCUCCGUGAUCGUUGCGAUCAUUGGAAUCGCACCCUGGACUAUUUGGUGGCACAUGCUGGCAAGGAUCUGACGCAUCUGUUUCAUGAGAACGGCGAACCACGCACCGAGAUCUCGGCCAGCUCGGGGCGACCUCGUGUGCUCUUUCCUCCCAUUUUGGAGGUUGCGAUCAGCGAAUUUGCAAAAACUAAACACGCCAUGUGGAGUCAGGAUCCGUAUUAUCAUAUUGGGCGCAUCACUCGACGACCGCGACGCAUUCGCCUGAUUAACACACUCACUGGCCAUGUGCAGCAUAUGACCGUCUGCGAUGAGGACAGCAUCUACGAUAUACAGCAGAAGUACAAGCAGCGCUACAAUCAUCAUGCUGGCUCCUAUGAAUGGCGCAAGUUCUCACAUAGCGCCAGGAGCUGCGGCCUCUUGAAUUUGAAUGGCACCUUGGAUGAGAAUGGCCUGACAGAUGAUGAAGACUGCGAUGUGGAACUUCCACCGCCCUCCAUUUGGCUCUACUACACAGAUGACUUGACCAUCGCUUGAUUGGGCAUUUGCCAAUUUGUUUUUAGCUGCUUUCAGAAUUUUGGGUUAGUCGAAAAUUUGUUGUGCAUGGUGCAGGUAAAGAAGCAUUUCAAGCUACACUGCGUUUGCCUCUUGGAUAUGGGCAUGGGCAUGGGCAUGGACAUGGGCGUAGGUCUGGGUCUGGAUCGAGUUUUAGUUUAGGUCUGGUUCGCGCAAUGCCAUUUAUUUUCGUUUUAAACAAAUGUCAUGGUCGACAUGAGCUGCUAAUAAUAACAAGCCCAAAAGUGCAGCGGACUUGUUCAUGGCCGCUUCUAUGAAAUGCACUGAGAGAAAUUUAAGGGAAAAUUAAUAGCUAAAGCACAAAUAGUUAAGGAACACAAUAGAAGGAGUAUAUAUAUUAGUGGUACUCGCUGAUAUAACCAUGCCUUCUAUAGAAAAUUCUAGCAAUAAUAAUUAUCCAUCCCA